AUGCAGGUCCUCGACGUGCUUGAAAUUGAAAGAGUGCUCGCUGCUGAUAAUCAUGGCAUAUUUCAAGGCUGUAAUAAGCAAUACACUGGUGACCUGUCUUGUUUUCUUUCUGCAGCACUUUCUGGCCAUCCAGCAAAUAAGGACAAGGAAAACUCACGGGGAUGCCGCCUCCACUGUGACUUCUGUGACUAUGAGACUGAUUAUAUCUGCCAUCUGAAUCAACACAUCAGGGUUCAUACGGGCGAGCGGCCUUUUCAGUGCCAUUUGUGCCCUCAGAGCUUCUCAACGAAGUUCGUAUUGAAGAAUCACUUGUGUACCCACACAGCACCUUCCAGCCAUCCAGCAAAUAAGAACAAUGAAAAGUCACGUCGGGGACGCCGCCACCACUGUGACUUCUGUGACUAUGAGACUGAUCAUACAUCCCAUCUGAAGGAACACAUCAGGGUUCAUACAGGCGAGCGGCCAUUUAAGUGCCAUUUGUGCCCUCAGAGCUUCUCAAGGAAGUCGGCAUUGAAGGAUCACUUGUGUACCCACACAGGCAAGCGGCCGUUUAAAUGCCACCUAUGCCCCGAGAGCUUUUCUCAAAGUUCCGCAUUGACGAGCCACCUGCACAGCCACAGAGGCUAUAGGCCGUUUAAGUGCCACCAGUGCCAAGAGAGCUUCUCACGUAAGAGCACACUGAAGGAUCACCUGCGCACACAUACAGGCGAGCGUCCAUUUAAAUGCCACCAAUGCCAAAAGAGCUUCUCACAUAGGGCUACACUGAAGGUUCACCUACGCACACACACAGGCGAGAGGCCAUUUAAGUGCCACAAAUGCCCAGAGAGCUUCUCACAAAGAACAACACUAGUGGGUCACCUGCGCACACACACAGGCGAGCGGCCAUUUAAAUGCCACUUAUGCCCCGAAACGUUUAUGCGGAAAAUCAGCCUCACUAGACAUCUGCGCAAACAUGAAUGCAAGUGACCAUAUUAAUGCAAGCUCUGCUAACCCAGCUGUUUUAUGAAGCCACAUUUGGUUAGCUUUUUUCCAGUGUGUUCUGACUGCACAAAGUUGCAUCAAAAUGUUAAAAGCGUAUGUCUAUUAUUUAUAUUGACUUCAU